AUGACAGACCUGAUUGGAUUCCGACAUUCAACUAACCUCACUGCUCACCAGCAGCGCAUUCACACUGGUGAGAAACCGUUUAAACGUCCAAAUUGUGAAAAGUACUGCAAAAGUUCUUGGGAGCUGGUGUGUCAUCGGCGUAGUCACACUGAUAAGAGACGACUCAGAUGCUCUCACUGUGAGAGCCAGUUCAAGCAGUCGGCGCAACUCGCCGUACACGAGCGACUACACACUGGGGAGAAGCCAUUCAGCUGCUUUGAAUGCGAGAAGGAAUUCAUUCAGUCAUCUCAUCUGCUGCUACACCACCGAGUUCACACUGGAGAGAAACCUUUUAAAUGCCCAGACUGUGGUCAAGACUUUAAAAGUACCUGGGAACUGCUGUCCCAUCAACACAUCCACACCGAUGAGAGACCAUUCAGGUGCUCUCGCUGUGGGACUGGGCUCAAGCAAUUAUGCAAGCUCACUUUACGCCAGAGAGUUUACGCUGGGGAGAGAUCAUUCAGCUGCUCAAAGUGUGGGAAGGAAUUCACGUUUUCCCAAAAGCAUCACUUUGGCGUGGGAUAG